AUGCUACUAGUAUUUGCACACUAUUUAUGCCUCGGAUUUAUGCCUGGAUUAGUGCUGAACGACAACACAUGUUUACACAAUACCAAUCGUAGAAUCGGACCCAAUGAUGUAAAUGAUGAGUCGAGAUCUGAAGGCUGGAGGAUCAUCGGAGCUGAAAUAGAAAUAGCAAAUAAGAUUGACACCUUCUCAGAAGUCGGAUACUUGUAUGAUGGGCUCUACGAAGGGCUGAUUUCUGAGAUGAUGUUCGACUUUGCUGACGGUUUCGGUGAUGAGGAAGAGCAUAAUGGAAAUGUUCAGAUGGCUGACCACUACGAAGAAGAACGAGAAGAAGACAACAUUGACGAGGUCGACGCGGGCUCGCAAGAAGAAGAGAAGAUUGUUGAGCGAUUUGCAUUCGGUGCAGGGAUUGACCUAUUACUCAUCAUCCGAAAUUACAGAAACGAUGUCUAA